GGUGCUGCAGCAAGAGCCGCAGCAGCAGGAGCAGCAGCAGCAGGUGCUUCAGCAGCAACAACAGCAGGAGGAGGAGCAGCAGCAGGUGUUGGCGCAGCAGCAGUUGUUGCUGCAGCAAGUUCAAGAGCAGCAGCAGGAUGUGAUGCUGCUGCAGGGCAGGCAUGUCUUGUGUCUCUUUGUUAUAAACCUGACCGCCCAAACAAUUUGCGAUAAGCGGCUGCUGCUGCAGCCCCUCGCCCCCUUCUUCCAAAGGCUGCCUCUUAGCGAACAGCAAACUUUGUGCUGCGGAAGAACGAGGCAGACAAGUCGUGCUGCAGCUGCUUCAGCACUAGCAGCAGCAGCAGCAGCAGCAGCAGCAGCAGCGGGGAGUGGUGUCUGGGCAGCAACAUUAUGCCUAAUCUGUUCUUCUUUUUAUUAUUCUUUUGCCUCAAACUUUGUGCUGCGGAAGAACGAGGCAGACAAGUCGUGCUGCAGCUGCUUCAGCACUAGCAGCAGCAGCAGCAGCAGCAGCAGCAGCAGCGGGGAGUGGUGUCUGGGCAGCAACAUUAUGCCUAAUGUGAUGCCUCUGCAGGAGCUGCUCGAGCAGCCACUUGCACUUCCUCCUUUGAAGCCGUUCUCUUCUUUACACCGAGCUUUCUGUCUCCUUCCUAUAUGCGAUAUGAGGCCCCCUCUAUAUUGUUUGAUGCCAGCAGGGAUGCUGCAGCAGCAGCAGCAAGACGCUGCAGCAGGAGCAGCAGCGCUAGCAGCAGUUCAAGCAGCACAUGGCUUGAGACGCAAAGCUAACGAUAUAUUUGCUGCUGCUUGUCUUCGCAAGCUGCAAAUCAAGGAACAGCCUCCCUCUUUCCUGUCUCCCCUCCCUGUUGCUGCUGCUGCUGCUGCUGCUGCUGCUGCUGCUGCUGCUGCACCAGCAGCAGCAGUUGUUUCUCCCUCGGCUGGAGAAGCAGCAGCAGCGUCAGGCGGCAGCUAUUCUUUCGCAUUCAACAGUCAGAGAGAGUUUGCUGCUGCUUCUGCUGCUGCUGCUGCUGCUGCUGCUCGCAGCCCCAUGAAACGGGCAGAUUCUCACUGGCAACGCGAAGCAGCAGCAGCAACAACAACAGCAGCAGCAGCAGCAGCGGAGGAAGAAGAAGCAGCAGCAACGCCACGUACAGCUAUUAUAGGACGCCCCUCUCGUAGCAUUGUUUUGUGCUUACCUCCUCUUUACUUGUCUCUGUUUUGCUCUUCUUUGCUGCGGCUAGAAGUGCUGCUGCGACGCAUGCGGCAUCAAGCCCCGACCUUCCCGACCUUCUCCUUUGCUGCUCUAGGUAGCAGCAGCAACAGCAGCAGCAGCGGCAGCAGCAGCAGCAGAAGCACACUCUCUCUUCCUAUUCUUGCAGGUAAAGAACAAACACAAAGCAGCAACCAAAGCCGCAGGGGAAGCCGCCCCCGGAGGCCCCACGCCAACUUAAUAUUAGAGCUGCUGCACCGUGCUGCUGCUCCGCUGCAGCAGCAGCAGCAGCAGCAGCAGCAGCAACAGCAGCAGGUGCCCCUUGCUGCUCGAGAAGCAUUUGCUCUGGACAAUCUAGCAGACCUUCUGGAGCUACUCAGCUACGCGCUGGAUUACCGCAGCAAACUGCUGCAGCACCAGGCAGCAGCAGCAGCCGCAGCAACAGCAGGAGCAGCAGCAAAGCAGCAACAGAUCAUGCAGCACCAGCAGCAACCGAUUGUGCAGCAACAACAACACCUGCAACAGCAGCAGCAGCAGCAGCACCUCUUGACAGAUUGGCAGGCUCAGCAGCAGCAGCUGCGCGCGCACGGAGGCCCCAGCAGCAGCAGCACAGCAGCAGCAGCAGCAAAAGGAGCAGCAGCAACAACAGCAAGCUGCUUCUUCUCUUCCCUAGACAACGCCGAGCUCCUCACAGACGCUCAUAUUGGCGAAGGAGACAGCUGGGCGUGGGCCUCGCGCGGGAGCCUUGAAUGGCAGCAGCAGCAGCAGCAGCAGCAGCAACAGCAGCAGCAGCAGCAGCAAGAUAGACCUGAAGCAGGACACCUUCUAGCAAAGAAUAAGCUCUCGCUUUUUGAUAUUUGCGUCGAGUCGAAACUCUUCGCAAAAGAUGGGAUGCUAGCUUGUUCCUUCUUCGCUCGCCUGAGGCGAUUGGUUGAAGGAGAAAGUCUCCCUGUAGGGAAUGCCAAAGCAAAUCGCGGCCUUAUGCUUGCAAAUGAGGUAUUGCAAAGCAACCGACUAACUCCGCUGGUUUUUGUUGCGCCGGAGUUAGGCAAAUGGUCGACAGUCGGUGGUUUGGGGGUGAUGGUGGAUGAGCUCUCAACAACCCUAGCCACCGGUUUGGAGAAUGUGCGCCUCCAGGAAUUUGGCCAAGAGGGUUUGCGGAUCAGACGGGGAGAGAGAGGGUAUUUGGAGAGGGACGGGAUCUCCCAUGCCUUCAAUGUCGAAGUGCACGUUGGCGGCGAAUUCAUUAAACUUGGGAUCCACCGGGGUUGUGUGGUUAAGAACGUUCAACUCUAUUUUAUUCAUCACGCUUCUAUCUUCCCUCAACCUUACCCCGAAUUCUAUGGAAUCGACGCUAUAAGAAUGCUUGUAACCUUCGCUAAGGGCGCCUUGGAGCUUCUCUGCCACGAACGCAUCAUCCCACAGUUGAUUGUUACGAACGAUUGGCCGACAUCUUUGAUUCCCGCAUACGCAAAAAACGGUUUCUUCGGUUCUACAUUUGAGAACAGCACUUUCUUUCACAUCAUUCAUAACCUGGACCCCAACUACGAAGGACGUAUUUAUAUGAACAAACGAGAAGAUGCGUAUUGGCUUCAUCAGCUGCCUACGGAGUUGUUGGUGGAUCCUCUUUGGCACAACCACGUCGUCAACCCCUCGAGAUGCGUGCUGCUGCAGUGUGACUCGUGGGGUACAGUGUCUCCGUCUUACCGCGCUGAGCUGCUCCAAGAAGGAGACAGCGGCACUCAGAAUUCGCCUUUGGCUCCGUUGCUGCGGAGACACUCCAAUCCCUUUGCAGUCCCCAAUGGCAUUCCGAUUCAGCGACGUCUGGACGCCAUCGCAGCAUUAGGGUAUAAAAGCCACAAUGAAGCGAAGGCAGCACUGCAGCGGGAGUACUUCGGGCUGCAGCAACCCGACAACGAAAUUCCUAUCUUCGCCUUCAUCGGCAGAAUCACAGAACAAAAAGGUGUGCAUCUGAUUCUGGAGGCAGCAGAAACCCUCAUUACAAAACACCGGGGGCGCGUUCAGCUUAUUGUCGGUGGUAUGGCGAACUGGAAGGACGGAUAUGCAGCCAGAUGCGCUACAAAGAUGAUGGAGCUGCGGUGGAAAUACCCGCAGAGGGCCCACGUGAACUACGGGGCAGACUUUGGCCUCAUGCCUUCUGCGUUUGAGCCUGGGGGUAUUGUGCAGCAUGAGUUUUUUAUUUCCGGCACUCCUGUCAUCGGCUAUUCCUUUUGCACAGAUUAA